UAUUAUAAUAUGCAUUGCCAUUUCAGCUUGCGAGUUCUAUCGUAUGUUGCUAUACCUAUAACAAUCCCCCAGACUCAACUCUCAAGAUGGAGUUUAAAUUUAUAUUAUUUUUUGUUCAAACAGCUGCUGUCACUAUGGCACACGUGAUUACAAUAAAAAACAACUGUCCGUUUACUGUAUGGCCCGGCAUACAAGGCAACCCGGGACACGAACAUCUCGGAAACGGCGGAUUUUCGUUGGGCUCCCAAAAAACCCGUACGUUUAACACGCCUCAAAAUUGGGCGGGCAGGAUUUGGGGCAGGACCAGAUGCAACGGUCAAGGAAAAUGCGAAACAGGCGAUUGCGGGAACAAGCUCCAGUGCAAUGGUGCCGGGGGCGUGCCACCUGUGUCCCUAGCUGAAAUGACGUUCACUGGUGCCGGCGGAUUGGACUUCUACGACGUGUCGUUGGUAGACGGUUACAACCUGCCAAUGAGAAUGUUGCCAACCACGCACUUCACAAGCAGUAAAAAAGGUAAGUACGACUGCAAGGCGGCCGGCUGUGUAUCCGAUCUGAACAGCAGAUGUCCGUCUGAGCUGGCAGUUAGGAGCGGCUCCAAUGUGGUGGCGUGCAUGAGCGCCUGUGCGAAGUUCAACACAGACACUUACUGCUGCCGGGGCGCCCACAAAACCCCGGCAACUUGUAAGAGCAGUUCAUGGCCCAAAAAUUAUCCCGCAUACUUCAAGGCAGCUUGUCCGGACGCUUACAGUUACGCGUACGACGACACAACCAGCACUUUUACGUGUCGCGGCAAACCGUCUACCAAUUAUGAUGUCAUAUUUUGCCCUUAAGUCAUCGGCUUGUUUAUUUUGUAUUCGUGUAGCUAUAUGGAUUCAGGGUAGGUAAUAAUUGUAUUAAUGCAUUUGUUUACUUAUUAGUUAUAACUGUGAUUACCGUCAGUAUUUUGUAUAAAAAUAUAAAAAAAAAAUACAACUAUUAACUAUAUACAAAUAACAAGUUGUGUCCUACGGAUUAAUAUAUUUCUAGCUACCUAAAUCUA